AUGAAAAAAGGAACUUAUAUAAACGCAGAUUUCGCGUAUAUGAUGAACGAGCCUAACUACGUCAUCGACUGUUGCGGCGUCGUAGAAAAGUGGGAGGCGUUUUUUGACAACGUAAACACCGCCCGUACCGUCUACUUCCAAAUAUGGCGGCCAACCAGCGGAGACAGUUUCCAGCUUGUCGGACAGAACGCCAUCAGCGUUUAUAACGACCCUUUCUUUACUGGAACUAUGUCUGCGACUGUGUCCAACGUUGUGGCUAUAGGGACGACCUUGGAAACCAUUUCGGUGUCAGACAAUGACCUUGAUGACAUCAGCACGCUCACCGUUACCAUGGUAUCAAACUCUAGAUACAGCUUCGAUACAUCCACAAAGGUUCUGACGACGGUCGCUAGUUUAUUGGCGUUAGGCGGAUCUGAAAGCAAGCUGACUUUCAAAGUGGCGGACCAGUGCUCCAACACUGUCACGGUGACCUUCACCGUCACAAUCACCAACGACCCUCCAGAAAUACACAAUCUUCCGAGCUCCGUCUCUAUAAGCGAGGAUGUGACGUCAGAGACGCUACUGUACGUCAUCAACGCGACAGACACAGGUGGUGAGGUCACUUGUGAUUUUGCAGCCAGCGUCCCGGCAUCAUACCCGUUCAUUAUUAAGCAAGUGGCUGCCUCUUCAGAUUAUGGCAUAUACAGCGAGAUCAACCCCGGAUUUAGCUACAACACAAAGAGCAGUUAUACUCUGGGUAUCGACUGUUCGGAUGGACUUAUUUCGGACACCGGGGAAUUCUACGUGUACCUGAUCCAAAAUACGCCUCCAGUCUUUCUUAAUUUACAAAACUCGACAUCCAUUUCGACGACCGACCAGAUAGGAACGACGGCGUUCCACGUGCUCGUGUAUGACGCCGAGGAUGACGACCUCACGUUCACCAUGACGUGCAUGCCCGCCAGCUGCCCAUUCCAGAUUUUCAACUGUACGUAUUCGCCGAUCAUUACUAUUCCGUAA